UUUGACAUUUUGCUCACGUUGUGAUAUAUUUGUUUACAGAAUACAGAGGUUAUAUUUGUAAAAUUAAAUAAAACUAUCGAAUUUAAACAAUAAAAAUGGCUCAAGGUAAAAUGAAAGUAAAAAGUAAGUUGCCAAAUGGCACGAAAGUGAAGAAGGCGAAAGGAAAAGCAGUAACAAAGCGUAAUAACGCGCCAGUGCGCAGUAAAUUUAAGGCAGUGGAAAAGAAUAAAAUGAAGGCAAAUGUGACUAAAAUGGUGAAUGCUGCAGCAGAACAGCAGUUGAGGGCUCUAGCUACGGAUACUCCACAGUUAUCAGCAGCUCAACAAAGAGUGGCAGCCGCUCCAACGGCCCCUGCACCUGCCAAAUAACAAGCUUCAUGUUAAUAUCUAUGUAAAUAUUAUUAUGUAAGUUAAUAUAAUAAUAAAUUAUUUAAGAAAGUAA